AUGGGACAAACGAAUGGGAAAAAAAAGAAACAACUAAUUUCACAAAAUGAUAUAUUAACGGAGUUUGCCAAUGAAGAUGAAUUAGGAUCUGAUGAAGAAGAUUACGACGAAGUUAAUUGUGAUGCGAAAGCAAAAAUAAGUUUUGUUAAAGAAGAAUUAGUAUUAGAAUGGUGGCACAAAUUGUCAUUGAAUUAUCCACAACUUAGUAUUCUGGCAAAAUGGCUAUUAGGAAUUCCAGCUAGUUCAGCAACAAAUGAACGUAUUUUCAGUGCAAGUGGAAGAAUUUUAGAAGAAAGAAGACAAAAUUUAAACGGCGAGAUUGUUAAUGAUAUUUUAUUUUUAAGAAACUUUCGAAAUAUGUUAUAA